UCAGGAGUCUUUUGGUGGGGAAGACGCGUGUCGGAGUCUCCCUGCGCGUCCAAGAGAAUUACAGCCAUUACCUCAUUCGGAGGAUACCAACAGUUCUUAGCGGUAAAGUCGAAGUUGUGUGAUCGCACUACGGCCGCCUUCCACGGUGAUAUCACAAUUCUAGUUCAUAAAAGACGGUCGCAUGGCCAAUUGAAUCGCAUCGUAGACAGAAAAAAGUGACGGUUGUUGUAAGUUGUUACAGCCACAGCGGAAGAAACCCAUAGUGGUUUGGGUUUCUUCAGUUUUGUGUUUCUUUAUUGUUCAAAAACAAAUCUGACGUUUUCAUACCGCCCCAGUUGGCCACCAAGAGCGAGCCCAUCCUCAGCAGUGAUGGCGGGCCGGCGAGCGGCGACCCAACACCCGAUGGUUCGACCCAUGGUCCGAUGGAAGCGCUACCAAUGGGUUAUUGCUAUCAUCUUCCUUGGUGCCAUCAUCGUGACCAAUAAUGCUCAACAAUUCAAUUCCAGUUCUUACGGAGGACUGUACGGACGUACGGACGAUGACAGGUCCUUCCCAAUGGCGCCCAAAGCCGGAGAUUGCGGCGGAUGCAGUUCGCCCUGCGCGCCGAAAUGCGUGGCCGAAAAAGGAUCGCGGGGGCCUCCAGGAACGCCGGGUAAUCCUGGCCCUACCGGCUUACCAGGAUUCCAAGGUAUGGAAGGUUUAGAAGGACCUAAAGGUGACAAAGGUGAGCCUGGACCACAAGGACCUCGAGGGCCGAAAGGUGACCGCGGUAAAAUGGGUAUGCCCGGUUUUCCUGGCAUAAACGGAAUCCCUGGCAUCCAGGGACCGCCCGGCCCGCCAGGCAUGAACGGCAUGGAUGGUUGCAACGGCACAGACGGAGCCCCAGGAGGUAUGGGAAUGGUCGGAGAUCCUGGACCUCGUGGAUUACCCGGUUUACCUGGUGGCAAAGGUGAGAAAGGUGAGCCAGCUCAAGCUCCAUUUCCCGGCAGCAAAGGACAAAAGGGUGAACCUGGUCUUGACGGUGUUCGCGGCCCGGCCGGAUUCCCCGGCCCAGCUGGACUGACAGGCAUCAAAGGCACCAAAGGCGAAAGUGGUUUACCCGGGUUGACAGGUUCCGCUGGAACGAAAGGAGACAAAGGUCUGAUGGGCAUCUGUGUUGAAAGUGAAAAAGGCGACAAAGGUGUCCCUGGACCGAAAGGAGAGUCCUGUGGACAGGGGGAAUUUUCUGGACGUAAUGAAACAUACAUAGGUCCUAAAGGAGAGAAGGGUAUGAUUGGUGUAAAGGGUGACAGAGGUGACGGAGGUCCAUUAGGUAACCCAGGUCCUCAAGGUGAAGCUGGCAUGAAAGGGGAUUUAGGUAUGAAAGGUGAAAAAGGAUUGCCUGGACCAGCCGGUCCUCGAGGUAAAGAUGGAUUCCCUGGACCACCAGGACCUACCGGACAAAAAGGUGACCGAGGAAAUGACGGUUUGGAUGGACUUCCUGGCCGACCUGGUCCUAAAGGUGACGGCGGAUUGUCCGGUAUUCCUGGUCUGCCUGGUUUGAGGGGACCGCCUGGAGCACCUGGUGGAGGCAAAGGUGUACCCGGACCGCCAGGUCCAGCUGGUCCACGUGGUUUUCCAGGACCUCCUGGUGGCAAUGGUAUCGACGGCCUUUCCGGUGAUCCUGGCCCUAGAGGUAGCCCUGGUCCACCUGGUGGUGCUGGUAGUCCUGGUUUGCCCGGACCCGAAGGCCCUGCUGGUGAUAAGGGAGACAAAGGAGACGCUGGACUUGCAGGUUAUCCGGGUGAGCCUGGACUCCAAGGCCCUCCAGGGUCUCCAGGUCUUCCUGGCUUGAUGGGUCCUCCUGGCGAAAAAGGCGUAUCGAUUGUGGGUCCCAAAGGUCUUGACGGUCUCCCUGGACGUGAUGGAUUGCCUGGUCUGAAAGGCGAACGAGGCUACCAGGGAAUACGUGGACCACCGGGAGAUGCCAUUGAUGGCAUCCCUGGUACGCCAGGUUAUCCAGGACCUAAAGGAGAUAAGGGUCGCGAUGGUAUUCCAGGAACUCCAGGUCUGCCUGGAUUCAACGGAGAAAAAGGUGACACCGGAGUUUGCUUCGCUUGUAGCCCAGGCAUUAAAGGAGAAAGAGGAGAUCGUGGUUUGGACGGCGUUAACGGCCCUCCCGGUCAACGAGGAUCACCUGGCGAACGUGGAUAUCCUGGACAACCUGGUGACGAUGGUCUUCUUGGACCACCUGGUUUACCUGGUCUUGAGGGUCGUGCUGGGGAGCCUGGUCAGAUAGGACCUAAAGGCCAAAAGGGAGAAGUCACCGUAAUCCCAGACGUCUUGGCGAGAGGACCACCCGGAGACAAAGGUGAUCGUGGAGAAUACGGUCGUUCCGGACCAUUGGGUCCCCCAGGUCUACGUGGACCUCCCGGACAGCCUGGUCUUUCUGGUUUUCCCGGCAUGAAAGGCGAUAAGGGACAAAUAGGUUUCCCUGGUCUAGACGGCACACCUGGCACGCCUGGUCAGCCAGGCAUUCCUGGCGAGAGAGGGUCAUCCAUCAAGGGCGAGCCAGGGCUCGAUGGACGUAACGGCGCUAAGGGAGAGCCUGGCUCUUUCGGUUCUAAAGGCGAAAAAGGAGACGCAGCUAAAUGCCCCGAAAACCUUGAGCUCAUCAAGGGAUUCCAAGGACAAAAGGGCGAAAAAGGUGGUAUGGGUCUCAAAGGUGAAACAGGCGAAAAAGGUGAACCAGGACUUCAAGGACUGGAGGGCUUAAAGGGAGACGUCGGUGAUAUUGGUCCUCCAGGGCCUGUUGGACCGAGAGGACCACCCGGGCAACGGGGUGACAAGGGAGAUUUGGGACCUAUGGGUUUCCCUGGUGAAGACGGACCAUCCGGCCUUCCUGGAAAUUCCGGCUUACCUGGCCUUAAAGGUGGAAAAGGUGAAUCUGGCAUCCCAGGCAUUGGAAGACCAGGACAGCCUGGUUUGAAUGGCGAACAGGGAGAGAAGGGCUUGCCAGGAUUGCCGGGCAAACCUGGAUCUCAAGGACCUGCUGGUCCAGGCGGUUUCCCCGGAGAGAAAGGCGAUCGUGGCGUGGCAGGUUUGGACGGCUUACCUGGACCCAGAGGAGACAAGGGAGAUUCGGGACCACCUGGACCGGCUGGACCACCAGGUUUUGCUGGACCACCUGGUCGUGACGGAAGCAAAGGUGAACCUGGUCUUCAAGGAGAAGCUGGACGUCCUGGUCUUCCCGGAUUCCCCGGAUUCAAAGGCGAUCUUGGAAUUGAAGGUGGCGUUGGUGCCCAAGGUUUACCUGGUCUUCCAGGACAACCAGGUUUGAACGGACUGCCAGGAACUCCAGGUGUCAAAGGUGAUCGAGGACCAUCUGGUCUCCCAGGACUGUCUGGAGAGGCUGGUCUUCCUGGAUUGGACGGUCGUAAAGGUGAUACCGGCAUGAAGGGCGACCGAGGUAAACCGGGUCUAGAUGGCCUUCCUGGCAAUCCUGGAAUAACAGGCGAAAAGGGAGACAUAGGACCACCGGGUCUCUUUGGCUUCAAAGGUGAACCGGGAUAUGCUGCUGACAAAGGACAGAAAGGUGAACCGGGUAUUCCUGGCAUCCGGGGAGGUCCUGGUAACAACGGAUUGGACGGACGUCCUGGCGAAAAGGGUGACAAGGGCGAACGCGUUAUUGGUCUGCCCGGAUUACCUGGUCUCAAAGGUGACGCUGGUCCACCCGGUUUGCCAGGUUUGGACGGCCUGCGUGGUCCCAAGGGUAACGACGGUUUCUCCGGUUUCGCCGGCAGCAAAGGAGACAAAGGAGAUCGUGGCCUUUCUGGCCCUCCUGGUUCCCCUGGUCUAGACGGAUUGCCCGGUAUGCAGGGAAAUGCUUGCCUCCCUGGUGGACCCGGUCUACAGGGCAUGAAGGGUGACAAGGGAGCUUCUGGUUUACCUGGUAUUGACGGUCUGAAGGGCGAGCAAGGUUUGAAUGGUCCGGAAGGCCAACCAGGCUACAACGGCCUUCCUGGUUCCAAAGGAGAUCGAGGUUUCACUGGCGAAGCGGGUCUACCAGGUCCUCAAGGUCCAAAAGGUGAUGUUGGCCUGCCUGGUUUCCCUGGCAUUCAAGGUCCCAAAGGUAACCCAGGAUUGGAUGGACUUUCUGGUCGACCGGGUGAAAAGGGAGAUCGAGGUCUUCCUGGUCCGGUUGGCACUUCUGGUCUAGACGGUUUAAAGGGCAUGCAAGGUGAAUCUGGUGUCCCUGGGCUUCAGGGUCCACCCGGUUUGACAGUCAAGGGUGAAAAGGGUUUGCCGGGACUUAACGGCAAACAAGGCCGUGACGGUAUUCCCGGAAUUCCCGGCGAAAAGGGUGAAAUUGGUUUCCCUGGUCUGCCAGGAAAUCGUGGCCCUCCCGGAGCUAACGCACCGCCUGGUCAACAGGGUGACAUUGGUGAACCUGGUCCACAAGGAUCACCUGGCUUGCCCGGACGUGAUGGACCUCCUGGUCGUCCUGGAUUGGACGGCCUUCCGGGUGUUUCUGGACCAAAGGGUGACACUGGACCACAAGGACAGCCUGGAUAUCCUGGUGAAAAGGGUGAUCGUGGUAACAACGGCCUUCCUGGUCUACCUGGGCAAGCCGGAAUGAAAGGUGAACGCGGCUUUGAUGGCCUUCCUGGUUUACCUGGUCAAGCCGGUUUUACCGGUGAGAAAGGAUAUCCUGGACCUACUGGUCCUACCGGCCCACAAGGUCUUGUUGGUCUUAAGGGUGACCGCGGCAAUCCUGGUCUUACACCUCCACCAGGACAAAAAGGAGACUCUGGUCUACCCGGACAACCUGGACGCCCUGGUUUGUCUGGCACCCCGGGCUUGGAUGGCCAACCUGGAAUCCAAGGCAUGAAAGGAGACAAGGGAGCAACUGGUCGCGAUGGCCAACCCGGUAUUACUGGACCUAUUGGACCCAAAGGAGAUCGAGGUUUCGACGGACGCCAGGGUCUACCUGGUUAUCCAGGAGCUAUAGGUGAAAAGGGUGAUAUGGGACGUCCAUGCGAGCAGCCACCGGCAUUCCAAUCAGGUUUCUUGGUAGUGAAGCACAGCCAAUCGACAACAGUGCCAUUCUGCGAGUCUGGACAGGUCGAAUUGUGGAAGGGCUACAGUUUGCUCUACACCGAGGGCAAUGAGAAGGCUCACAAUCAAGAUCUUGGUUUUGCGGGUUCAUGCGUCCAGCGAUUCAGUACGAUGCCGUUCUUGUUCUGCGAUGCUAAUAACGUCUGCAAUUAUGCCAGCCGAAAUGAUAAAUCAUUCUGGCUCUCCACCAACGCUCCCAUUCCCAUGAUGCCCGUUUCGGACGCCGCCAUUAGGCCUUACAUCUCUCGGUGCGUCGUUUGCGAGGCACCAACUAACGUCAUCGCUGUCCACAGUCAGUCAGUAAAUAUUCCCGAGUGUCCAGCAGGCUGGGGCAGUUUAUGGAUCGGCUACAGUUUUGUCAUGCACACGGCAGCUGGAGCGGAAGGCGGUGGUCAAUCACUUUCCAGCCCUGGUUCAUGUCUCGAGGAUUUCCGUGCCACACCUUUCAUCGAGUGUAACGGUGCCCGAGGAACGUGCCACUAUUUUGCAAAUAAAUUCAGCUUCUGGUUGGCCACUGUUGAAGAGCAAACGCAAUUCGACCGACCACAGAGCGAAACUUUGAAGGCCGGCAAUUUGCGUUCGCGCGUGAGCCGCUGCCAAGUUUGCGCCAAGAAUUCAUAAAAUUUCCGUUUAUUUCUUUUUUUUUUUUUUUCAGAAAAUAAAACCUUAAAGAAAAGGCAAAGAAAUGUGGGGGGAGGGAAGAAGGGAACCAUUCAUUCAACUUCACGCUGUACUUAAAAAAAAAAAUACAAAAAAAAACGUGGGUCUUCCGGUGUUGUUAUACAACGCCGGACAGGUAACCACAGUGCCUUUCUUAAUGCCUCUUCCUAUUUGGGUUACCAGUAGUUUUUCCCACCUGAAAAUUGCGCUCACUUAUUGUCCGCAUUUGACAUUUUUUUUUAUUUUCAGCAAUAAUGAAACUCAUUUUAGAACGCGACACUACGUAAUUAGUGACCAUCACAAUCGAAAGACCGUGUUUCUUAACAUCUUUCUUUCCAGUCAUUCCUAUCUUUUAUUGUUUUUUUUUUUUCUUUCCUACUACGGACUCUUGUUCAUAGUUUCACUGGGCACUGCUGAUUCUUUGUCUUUUGCUCUAUGCGGUCAACAAUUUUCAAUGACAACAACAUGUUGUUUUUAUUUUUCACUUGAUUUUUAACGUCGAGUCCUGCACCAAUCGGAUUUCCCUUAUUCCGCACUUUCCCACUUGUAGCGCGUGCCAAAGCUAAGUCACCGUUUCACAUCCAGGGCUUGUCGCGAGAAUCACGAUGCUCGAGCAACUCCAGACAGGUAACAGACAAAAAAAAAAGAAAUAAAUGGGCCUCUUUUUUUUUCCCCAUUUUUUUUUUUUAAGACUCGCGGCGACAGUGUUCUUGUUUUCUCGUUCCCGCUUUCGUUCAAAUUGGUUUAUUAAACUAUUCAAUUUGAAGCAAGAAUCACGUGCAAAAAAAAAGAUACGCAAGACCGAAACGUCAAAAGAAAUUUUUAUUUUUUAGUUGAUUGAUUUUUUUUUUUUAUUAUUUUUUUAAAAAUCCAAAUCCGACGAUUUCCCAGUUUUAUUUUCAAUUCUUCUAUUAAAGCUUACAGUAGUUGUGCCUAUUUCCUAGACAAGUGCAAUUCAGUCACGAGCUAAAUUUUCUGAUUUUCUUCAUUCAGGGUUUCUUAAGAGAAAAAAAAAAACAAAAAAAAAUUAUUUGAAUCUUUUUUUUGUUGUUUUUGUAUCUUUAAUUUUUCUUCCAGCAUCGAUUCUUCUUUUAAAGCUAAAAUUACGACGAUUCAAAUUCACUUUAUAUUUUCCUCUCGAAGCGCUUUCUACUGACGCAACAAUGCUGUGUUCAUUUCAUUUUUCGUGUUCAGCAGGUGUAUAAUACUUUUUUUUCUCGAUGAAAUGGAAAAUUCUAACAUUUUUUGACAUGACCCAAUCACUUCAACUCCCCGCCCCGACAUCCCAUCCGCACGAUCCGCACAGUGCGAUGGUGAGUGACGAUUCUAGUGUUGCCGAUUGACGACGAGCCACCAACUCUUUAUGCCUUGUUGUGUCAACAUUUUUAGAUUGUUUUGAAAAAUAUCUUUUCUGGUUUGAAAAUCUGAGAAUUCUUCACUGCCAGUUUUUAAAAGCUUCUGUUGAAAUCCUUCCCUACUCAGUACUUUACAGCAAAUAAAUACAUAUACAAUUCAAAGA